AUGUGCCUCUUCUCAGUGAGCCAAUGUGGGCCUUCGAAGCUCGUAGUGCAGCAAUCGCCAAUCACUGUUAUACUGUGCCCAUCAACAGAGUUGGAAAAGAGUCGUUCCCCGAACGAGUUUACUUCAGGAGAUGCUCGUCCAGCACACAAGGAAAUCGGAAUGUUCUAUGGCAGCGCCUAUGUGGCAGCUCCAGAUGGCAGUCGUACUCCGGGACUUUCGCGAACCAGAGACGGUGUGCUUAUUGCCGAGAUCGACUUGAACCUCUGUCGACAGACGAAGGAUAGCCUAUGCUUCAGGAUGACGCAGAGACUGGAUCUAUACGCGAAAAGUCUCACUGCGGCCGCAGAUCCGGACUAUAAACCCGAUAUUCAUCGCGAAAAGUAG